GGCUCCACCCACAGCGCAGCGGGGACAAGGGAACCUCCAGGAGAAGAAGCCAAACAAUGGGACACUGAGUUGCACCUGGAUUUUAGAUUUGAUGUUUAUAUUGGACGGGCCUGGAUUCAGCAAGAUUACGGCAUGUGAUCGAUGACGUUGGAAGCCACGAAACACCAAGGGAUCGGGUGAAGUUUGCUGGCGUUUACUUAGGAUAGUCGCUCAGCUAGUCCGCUGGAUCUGUCGGUGCGCUGGUCAAAGUGGAAACGAGCUAACAAGCGAUUCGUCUGCUCACGUUUUUACCAAAUGCUCUACGAUCGGUGAUUCAUAUCGGCAAGAUAUUUGUCUAGAUGAGUUAUUUCUGGUUAGCUUGUGUAAACUGAAAAUUUGACAGUCUGGUAGUACUAUAGCUACCUCUGCUAGUUUGAAGAAAUAACGGCUGUUUUCAUAAUAAUUGUCUUGAUCCAAGAAAGGGACGCUGCUGUUAGCUACUCGAUCUGUCGACGCAGGCUUCGUGGAGUGGGUGAUCCGUAAGCAAAAUCGUGUGUCUGAAUAAUUUAAAGCUGUAAAAUGAGCUCAGAGGAAGCGUCAGCGCCAACCAAAACCGACACCGACAACGAUGGCAUGUCAUGGUGGUACCGGUGGAUCUGCAAAUUAGGCGCAGUCCUGGGUGGCUUGUCUUCUGCUAUGAUGGGGAUCUGGAAUUGUGUGACUGUUCACCCCUUAAAUAUCGUUGCAGGGGUCUGGAUGGUGAUGGCGGCGUGCGUGUUAUUCCUCAUUGAGGUCCCUUUCUGCUGCCAAUUUGUCGAGUUUGCGAAUGUGCUGGCGAGUCGAGCAGAUAAACUACGUCCCCUGCACAAAGCCAUGCUUUAUUGCGGGAUGGCCCUGUUCCCUAUCUUUAUAAGCAUGACCCUCACCACUCUGUUUGGGAACGCCAUCACCUUUGCCACUGGGGUGCUCUAUGGACUCUCCUCCCUCGGAAAGAAGGGCGAUGCAGUCACGUAUGCCCGACUGCAGCACCAGAAACAGACGGACGAAGACAAAGCCGCCGCCGCUCCGACAGACGACCCCGUCCCGUGACCCUGUCGCGGCUCUCCAUCAUUCUGCUACCUCCCACUCGCCUCUCUGCCUCCCCGUCUUUCCCUGAACCUCCACCACUUCUGUCUGGAGCUCAUAUUACAUGAUUUUGCGACUUGUAUUUAUUCGAUUUGUUAUUUAUUUUUUUUACUUCACACAUCAGGGUUGCGGUCUGUGUUUUUGAGUAUUUCUUGAGCUGCACAAUUUGUUUGUUUGUGUGAGUGUUUGGUUUGGUUUUUUUUUUUUUUUUUUGCAUACUAGAAGGUUCCUCUGGUUUGAUCUGCUGCUUCUCAGUCUUGUGUAGUGCAAUUGAACUUUUUCCCCCUUAGUUAUCUGCAGUAUGCGAAUCAGGCACUAAAAGGACAAGUGGCUUCACGCGCGCACAGCUCUGCACGAGAGUGCCACGCGUUACCGGAGUAACCACCAUCUUCCAUCCCAUCUUUUGUAUCCAUGGUUACAGCAAGAUUGCUCAGUGCAAGUAACUGGGAAUAUUGUGUCUUUGACUGUGCACACGUGGCUGUCACUAAACAGCCGUUAUUCUUCUCAACUCUUACGCUUUCUUUUGCUGUGACGCAUUGAUCUGAUUAUGCAUUGAUCAGAGAAGAAUGUAAGAUUGCUGCUGUUCUGACUCUAAAGUGCACUGUUGCUCUUUCAGAUGUCUGACGGUGCAUAUCAGUGUACCUAAGACUGAACAUCUAACGCAACGGUUCUCACUGAUUCUUGAACUGUAGUUUCCGACUGUUUGGGAUGUGUGUGGUUUUGUUGUCGUUGUCGAGAUCUGUGCUGUUCUCGGACGCUGUCCCUACUGUUCUAGUAGAUCGGCUUGCUUCUAGAACAAUCGCGUAUUCUAGAACACUAACCUUUUGGAACGCCUGGGUUCUGUGUGUUCUGGAGCCCAAGCCCAAGUGUAGCUGGAUGCUAGUCCGCAUGCGCUGAAGUGUGUUGGCUGGCCCGUGAGGGAUGGCAGGUAGUAAACAGACUCUUGCUGACUUCAUCCUCGGUUCAGAUGUGUUUGUUGGCAUGUUUGGAACUUUGGCCUUUUCCUUAAGCCAUCUUAAAUUCGUUAAGGGCUCUUUUUCUGAACCAAGAAUGACUCUUACCUCUGUCCUAUGAUGGUGUGAUAUUUGCGUUUUGGUCUUUAGCUAUAGUGAGAAACAAUCAUAACAGCCUUUAGAAAACACUAAAACCUAAAAAUAAAAUAACACAAGCAAACAUGUAAACCGGACUGUACGAUACCAACAUCACAUAGGCGCGAUUUUCCACACAAGAAGCGCAGACUUCCCGCAAGACUAAGCUUUACGGUAGCCUACCCCUGUGGGAAGGCUUUAUUUAAAAAAGUUAACAACAACUAAUGACGAAUGUGUUUUUCCUGCAUGGUCGAAUGAUUCUGUUCUGACGAGGUUUGGUUUUUUUUCCUUCAAAUAUUGAUAAGUAGUGAAAAAUUAAGAUCUGUGUCGAGGUGUGUGUGCUGUUAAGUAAAACUAUAGUCUAUACUAACUAUUUUCUGCUAUUUAUAAAUUAGGCCCCAUUACACUAACUGCUUCCUGCGACCGUUACCGCUCCGGUGUUGCGUGUAGGUUACAAUGAAAGCGUUUACGUGCGGUUUCUAAUCCGAUAAACGCGUUUACAUGCACUUGUGUAUUCAGAUAAUGGGAGAACUCCGGCGUUUACAACAGUCGGGCAAUAAUCGGAUUUUUACUUGGCAACCAGCCAAUAAACUCACAAGUCGAGCCUUCUCCGCCCCGAGGCGUUUGCUGUCGGUGGAGCCGACGGUUGCCAGUAACCUUACCAGGCUUUCAGGCCGGCGCUGCGUCCUAAUUAAUUGGCGCAAAUGCUUAAUGGGUCUUGGUCACUGCUAAGCUAAUGCUCUCAUACCGGAUACGUAUACAUUAAGCCAAGCAUGAGGCUCAUUCCUGCAUUCCUAUUGCAGCAUAAUCAACAUCGUGUUUGUUGACUACUGAUCAAAAUCAGGUUUUUUUGGUGCGCGUUUACAGAAUUCAGUAAGUGUAUACAGCGCUUUUCUUGGUUUUCUGUACAGAGUUAACAUUUAAAAGCGUUAUUUUUUUAAGUAAAAAGGUUUGCUUGUGUGCUCCUGCUAGCUUCUAUUCACCAGAGUAAUGAAGCUAGCUUUUUUCCCCGGGGGUUAUAGUACAAAAGCGAUACCGGCCUGACUAAAAAAAAACCUUUGCUGUGUGUGUUCUGGUAGUCAGGGGUGUCGAGGUUGGUAGAACAUGGAGUAUGGGUUGUGUGAUGCGAAUCUUAUCUGUAUGUUUCAUUCUCUUCCUUCAGGCACUACGAAAUAAAUCCCUCUGCCUUGUA